AUGGUUAAUUCUUCUUGUGACUCUGUCUGCUCUGGCCAGGGCUGCGGUCACGACCUCUGCCAGGAGACAUGCUGCUGCCCUUCCAGCUGUGGUUCCAGCUGCUGCAGGCCCAGCUGCUGCACCUCUAGCUGCUGCCGCCCCACCUGCUCCCAGACCACCUGCUGCAGGACCACCUGCUGCCGCCCUACCUGCUGUGUGUCCAGCUGCUGCCAGCCCUCCUGCUGUGGUUCCAGCUGCUGUGGCUCCAGCUGCUGCCGCCCCUCCUGCUGCAUUUCUAGCUGCUGCCGCCCCUCCUGCUGUGGAUCCAGCUGUGGUGGCUCCAGUUGCUGCUGCCCCUCCUGCUGCCUGCGCCCAGUCUGUGGCCAGGUCUCCUGCCACACCACUUGCUAUCGCCCCACCUGUGUUAUCUCCACCUGCCCCCGCCCCAUGUGCUGUGCCUCCUCCUGCUGCUGA